UUCUCUUCCUACAUUCUUACGCGCAGCGCGUAGCGAUUGUACACGAGACGCCGCAGUGAAUGAAUGACGUAAUAAUACAUAUCGUAUGCGGAUAUCGGCGCAUCUCCAGAGUAAGUUUGCGCGCUGCUCGACGACUUCGUUUUGUGUGCGAUUGACAUAAAACAGUGCGGAGGCAAGACCGGAGUCCGGUUCUCUAUUACGCGUCUCCGGAAUCUCAUUGUGAAGCGGAACGUCAGCGGCGCCGCGUCGCGUCGCGCGUUUCUCGAACGCGACACGUGCGUCCGUGGAGUACGAAAUGGACGACACGGACUCUGUGGUUGACGGCGAUUACCUGGGCGCGUACUCGCGCUUCUUCACGGUCGUCGCCCGGGUGAACCCAGACGAUCAACUGCCGGUGAAGGUGAGCGCGUACGACGUCAACGAGAGCGAGCUGGUCGGUGAGAUCAUUAGCGUGACUCUACAGUACCUCAAUAAGACAUAUUGUCCACCGAGUUUACAAUCCUACAUCAUGCACACUGUGAUACAAGCAAUUCAAUCAACAUGCAAAAACAACCCCGAAAUUUGUGGAUUAAGACAGCAAGAGAAGACUUAUGCGCCUUUGAAACUCAUGCAGGCUGUUACGAACGAGGUAAACGAAAUCUGCAGACGAUAUUUGGACAACAGCAGGCUGGCGCUUCUGCCGCCGCCUUCGUCGACGCCACAAGUGACUGUGGGCGACCAGAAUGCCAGAAGAAAAAUGGAAGAUCGUCAUAUGAUCCUACACGAUUUGCACACUAUUUUUAAUAUUCAGGAUGAUACGAUCGCGAAUUACUAUGCCGUGUUCGAUGGCCAUGGCGGACAGGAUGCUGCAGCCUAUUGCGCGACGCAUCUGCACCAGUAUCUGGUCGAGAGCGUUUAUUAUCCCACGGAUCCAGAAGCUGCGUUGCGCGAUGCUUUUCUGACCACUGACCAGCAAUUUAUAGCGAAAUCGAGUACGCAGAAAUUGAAUGGCGGGACCACCGCGGUCUGUGCACUGUUGUUAAACAAAAAGUUGUAUAUUGCCUGGGUAGGCGACAGCAUGGCUUCGCUAGUCUCGAACGGCAACGUGAAACAGCUGGUGAACCCUCAUCGACCCGCACGAGAAGACGAAAAUGAGCGAAUCCGCAAUAUGGGAGGUGUCGUCGUUCAUUGUAUGGGAGUCCUACGAGUAAAUGGUUUCCUCAGCAUAUCUCGAGCUAUAGGCGACGUCCCGUAUAAACCGUACGUUAGCGGCGAGCCUGAGAUCCGAUGCGUGUCUCUGGACGGUACCGAAGAUUUUCUCAUAAUCGCCUGCGACGGAUUGUGGGACUACGUGGACCAGAGGACUGCGGCUCUCCGUGUUUACCGACAGGUGCUGCAGAAUCCCCACGAUCUCAAGCACGUGCACCAGGCGCUACUGCAGAGCGCUAAACGCGCGGGGUCCUUGGACAACAUUACCGUGAUCGUCGUGUUCCUGACACCGCCCGUCGAGAUCGCCUCGCGGCAUUCGCUCCUGACUCAUCCAGCACCGAAUGGUCUACUACUGAACAGCAUGGACCCGAAUAACCCGGUCUCAUCGAAUUCCGGCCAGUUCGACGCUGCCUUCAUCAAGCAGCAGCAGCAAGACCUGCACGAUCGCGCCGAUUUCGAUUUGAAUUGCGUGAUCUGCGGGAUGGACAGGAACGGCAAGCAUCAGGACGGCGACGGCAACGAAGAUGAUUAUGAUUACUCCGACUUGGGUCCCGAGACCGACGUCGACGCUGGCGAGGACGCCGUCGACAAUCAUCAGCUUACCAAGUCGCUCGUCACCUCGUCGUCGAUGGACAUCGAGGUGGACAACGGCAAGGAUAAUAAUAAAGAGCAGGAGGAUCCGCGUCAUCGCGACAAUGCGAACGUCUGUCUUGCGGACUCGGUGGUAAAUGACAAUCGUGUCGAACUGAGUGACAGGGACAAGGUUUGUUACGAUGAGAAACAACGCGGUGACAACGACAACGACGACUACCAUGGCGAGGAGUCGCGCGUGGAAUCCACCACCACCACCACCAUCACCACCACCACCACCACCACCACCACUACCACUACCACAACCACCGUCACCGGCGCGCAUACCCUCGUGGACGACGACGAUGAGUCGCCACCCUCGCCGCGAGUUGCUAAAUCCCUUCAGCAUGCAUUGAUCCCUGAAGCGGAGAAUGUAGCGGACAGUGAAGAUUCCGAGGACGAGUGGAAUUAUUACCGUAUCGAUCCGAAUAAAAAGGAAUCUGCGGCUAGCGAAUCCAUCGAGGACGUUGAGAAGCAAAGGAGCGCACAGAAUCCCGAAUCUGUUCCGAGAGAUAGUUCGGAGGAGGUCCAGUCUUCAAAAGUCGAGGAGGUCGGCGUUAAAUUUAAAAAAUUCGAGGACCUAGAGAGCUUCGCCCUUAAGCUUGUCGAUCUCAAACUCGAUAUAAGCUUCGAAGAGGAUCCGAGCGAAUCGGAGAAGAAGGAUCACGGAGAGAAGAGAAAACAGGCAGACGACGACGACGACGACGACGACGACGACGAUAAAGAAGACAUGGAAUCCCGAUUGAAUCCCGAGGCGGCCGAGUUCGUCCCGUCAUCGCCACCGCUGCUGAAUAACAGGAACAAUGCUCUUCAGGAUUAUCCUAUCAGCGGCUCUCCCCUAAAGCAGACGCCGGCGAUGGACGACAUCCUGAUACCGAGUCAGAGCGAGUUCGAGAAAGAGGUCUGCCUCCGACCUAAGGAGAUAGACGAGGACUUCCCCAGCAAUGACGAGCAGCAGAAGCAACAGCCCGCCGCAGCAGCGGCGUGCGACAAUAAUCUAGACUUGGAUGUGUCCGAGAUCUCGUCGACCAAGGUCGAGGUGGGCGACGAUUCCCUGGCACGUAACGUGUCCACGACGCAGUGGCAGGCGGACCUCUCGCAGUGGAGCACGACGACUCGCAACGACGCCGGCUCCGACUCGGAGGAGUACGAUAUCGUCAACCGGGACAGCGAUCCUAUGACGAUGUCUUUCACUCCGGGCGACCUUGAGGCGGCGUUCGAGAAGGGCGUCGAUUUGAACGCUGUGCAUGAGCUGGACGACAGCUCGGACGACAACACGCCACCAGGCUCGCCUGGUGGACAGCGUGCGAACGAGAAUGUACGCGCGUACACGCCCUUGUCGGACUGCAAGGACCCGAUUGAUCUUCUGUUAUCGUCGACACCGCAUCCCGCGGACAGCCAAUCGAUACGCACCACCUCUGAGUCGGAUGACCGAGCGCAAGCCCCGACGUACUCGGCCUUCAUGACAUGCAACGAGGCUAUAUCUACGGAACAGCAGCUCGGUGUCGCUCCUCUCGCGGAAUCGACCAUUUCCCGUCCUGAUCAGUCAACGAAUCCGUUCCAAGUGGACAAUAACGAGUCUAGCGAGCGCGAUUAUACCGAAUCCUCGGCUCCCGCGGAAUCCACGCAGGAGGUUCGCGAAGAAAACAAGACACUGAUAGAGCAACUUAUGGAGCAUGAACAACUGCAGGAAAAUGUUGACGAGACGCAAUCCGAAUCGCGCGUCGUGUUUAGCGAAUUAGUUCCGCUCUCUUCUGAUAUUCUAGUUCCUGAGAUUCCUGAAUCGGUCAGGCCGCCGUUAAGCGAAGACAAGAAGGCUGACGACAUUAAAAAACCAUGGAAAUUGAGAAUUAUUAAAGCACCAUAUCUACAGUUAGGCGAAUAUGAACCACCUCGCGACCCCUCUAUCCGGAAACAUCCGUACGGAGAAGAGAGGUAUGUAAUGUUUCUGAAUGAUGAUGAAGAUGUAAGAGGCAGAACUACUCUCGACUUUUCGAAAUCCGAUUACUCUCCCAAAGUGGAUUGCGAUACCCAUAAAGAUGAUACCCAUAAAGAUGAUACCCACAAUAAGGAUCGCGAUACCCACAGUUCUAAAAAGCAAUGCUGCAACGAUCAUCCCGACAAAUUCGAGAAAGACGACGACGACGACGUCGCACCUAACAAUAUAAUUUCCUCCGAAGAGUCAUUGAAGUGUCUAGAGUUCAAGGAGAAGCCAAAUCAACCGAAGAGUCAGACGCCCGGGUCGACUCGCCGCGUAUUAUCAAAUUUCAUGCAAGCCGAGGCGCACCUAAAAGGACUAAAAUUAUUCGGGGUAAGAAGGAAAACGAUCCAAACAUCCGAAGAUACUCCCGUCAGCAAAGAGGAAAAGACGAAACCACCAGCGAAGGACCAGAAGGCGACGACGACCUUGACGAAGCGUUCAACGAAAACAGCAACGACCUCAACGACGAAAUCGGCGACGAAAGCGACAUCACCCACCAAAGCGGUCAGCUCGAUCACCAGCUCGCGAACAACCGCGGCGUCGUCGCCGGCGCAGUCAGCCACCGCGAAGAAGCUCGCCGCGCCUCGUCCUAAGCCGGAAGUUUUCACUAGGACGUUGGCGGCGAUCUCCGAUCGUACCAGUGGCAAGGUCACCGGCACCAAGACCACGUCGUCGGCCAAUAGGAGCGCGACGACGACGGUAACAGCGACGAAGACCAGCGUCUCGCCGCGGGUCAGCACGGUAAAGUCCAAGACCAGCGCCACCGUCACCGCCUCGUCGAGGUUAAGCGCCUCGGCGACGUCGGCCGAGAAGAGACCGACGACGAACAAGGUAGCCGGCGCCUCCGCCAGGGCAACGAGUGCGAGAAGCACGACUACCGCGGGGAUCACCACGAACGCGCCGCUCGUGAAUACCUCGCUGUCGACGAUCGCGAAAACGUCGACCGCGACGUCGAAGUCGCCGAGAGCCACUUCGGCUGGGACUAUCGCUAAAACGUCACCGCUGACGACGUCCGCGAGACUGUCGACGACGACAUCGAGACCCAGGACCGCGCCGUCGACCGUCAGCGUCCCGAAGCCCCGCGAGAGCUCCGCGAAGACGACCACCCCGGCCAAGUCGCCGCUGAUCGACAAACAGAGCAAGGAUACGGUCAACAAGCAGAUCUCCCGGUCCAGCGCGACCGGGAGCAGUGGGUCCUCCAGGAUCGGUAGUGGUAGAAUUUUCGCGUCCGGAAAAUCGCGCUCUGGCGGCAAAUCACCAGGAGGCAAUAAAGCGCCCGAGACCGCGAUCUCGCCCUCGACGAAGAAGACGAGCCCGCCAGCGAAGCCGGGCGAGCAGAAGAGCGACGACAAUACUCUCUCCACGAAGAAGUCGACCCUGCUCCUGUCGCUAGAGAAUUUGUCGAACGGAUCCCCCGAGGAUCAAACGGUGGAAAACGCGAACAGAAUUAUAACGGCGACGAGCGACAAGCCGGAGGACGACGUGCCACAGAAGGACGCGUCGCCUCUGGACAUACCGACCGACAAUCAGCUAAUAUUCACCGAUUGAGGCGGAGGAGAUGGAGCUCGCCGACAGCGCGAUCUACCGGCCUAGGGAUUAAGACGUAGAAUUUUUAUGCGAACCGUUGUAGGUUUUUUCCUCUUUUUUUUUAUAAUAAUUCUUAUUUAACGAACGGACAAGAACAACAAGAGAGUGCUGCGGAGGAGAUUUUUAGUAUUUAGGAUAUAAUAUAUAUGUCGAAUGAACAACAGACACAAAUUUUUGCUGUCCUAACGUAAGGCGAGUGAAGCGAGCGAGGCAUAGUUAUUCUAAAAUAUCGCUUUCAACUACUGCCUUAUCAUAAUAAAAAUCGAUAAUCUCUCUUAUUAUGUAAAUAUAUAAUUUGGAUGCGUUUUUCAUGCGUCGUUUUUUUCCUUUUGUUUUCAAAUAAUGAGUUAAUUCUUUGUGGACACCUGAGACCGUCCGAGGAUAAAACCUGGAAGCAGAUUUAAAAAUUCUGAUACGGCAGUACGUUAAUCUUUAAACAUUUAACGCAUAAAAUACGCAUGUAUGGAUUUUUUAUCAUUUUUUAAUUUUAUAUUGCGCAACUGCAAUUGAUGAACAAUUAUUCGCGAUACACUUUUACUUGAAUGACAAAAGAAAGAGAAAAGUGGAGGAGGGAAAGGAAAAAUAGAGGGAUAAAAAACAUAUUUAUUCUUGUUUGUUCCUAUUUUUUUUGAAGUUGAAUUCAUUGCGAGAUUAUAUAUCGACUCGUAAUCAUGAUAAUACAACGCUAUCUCUAUCUAAUCUAUGUACAGCACCUUUAUGAUUUUAAUGUGAUACCUUAAAAUACUUCUUAAGUAAAUUUGAAUGAUACAGGGGGAGAAUUUUAUAUAUGUAUAUGGAUAUAGGGGAAAAGUAAGAGGAACGAGAUUCCCUCACUCGAAACUUUAAAAUGAGAGAAAAUUCAAAAGGAAACAUAGACGUAAGAAAUACAUAUAUUA